UCCAAACGGAACGUACCUCCAUCUAUGUCGCAAGAGUUCAGCUAUUCAUUCAUAGAUGUCACUAGACAUAAUUAAUAACUACGCAUGCCUUAUACGAGACGAGACCAAAUAGACAAACGUACAACCAUUUCGAAAAAAAUGUAAAUACAAUGAAAAGAAACGGAACUAGAAAUGCAUGUCUUUGAUCAUGGAAACCGAGGUUAUUUAAAGGCAAACAAAUUAAAAAUUUUCAAGAUCUUUGAACAACAACAGAAGAAUUGAAAUUGAAAGAAAAGAAAUAACAUCUUUGGUGAGGUAUAACAUCUUCCACCGGCCCGACCAUCAUGGCAGAAGCGGAGCAACAACAAGCAACGCCAGAACAACCUAAAGCAGUCCCAGAAGUCCCGAAACAGAAGGAAGUAAUUGCUACGAAGGUAACUGGCACAGUAAAAUGGUUUAACGUCAAAAGUGGCUAUGGAUUCAUCAAUAGGAAUGAUACCAAGGAAGACGUUUUUGUGCACCAAUCGGCCAUAAUAAAGAACAACCCGAGAAAAGCCGUCCGGUCAGUCGGCGACGGCGAAGUGGUAGAAUUUAGCGUAGUGGUUGGAGAGAAAGGCAACGAAGCGGCCGAUAUAACCGGCCCCAAUGGUGAUCCCGUCCGAGGUUCACCAUACGCUGCCGAUCGCCGAAGAGGAUACCGCCAAUGGUAUUACCCGAGAGGCGGUAGACGAGGACGUCGCGGAGGCAGCAGAGGCAGCGGACCGCCGAGAGAAAGUCAAAGCGACGGCGAGGAAGGAGCCCAGUCCGGCGAUGAGGGCGGUCAACUACAAGGCGGAGGACCGCCACGUCGUUUCGCGCCAAGGCGCGGGCGCCGAGGCUACGGAGGUGGCGGCGGAUACUUUAGAGGACCCUACCGCGGGCCGCCUGGAGAUCUCGAUCAGAAUGGCGACGCUCCCCGCGGCCGAGGAGCCCCUCGUCGAUUCUUCCGCAGGAACUUCCGCGGAGGUAGAGGUGCGGUUAGACCGCGUUCCCAGGACAGCCAGGGCCAGGCUGGAGAUCAGAAUGGUCAAGAUGGACAGCGUGGGCCACCACGUCAACGCUACCGCAGGCGUGGCCCACCGCGUCCACGAGGCGGACAUUCUCAAUCAGAGUCUGCUGAUGCAGGAGGAAAUCAGAACAAGGCUCCAGAAAGCUCUGUACCAGUGAAAAAUGAAGCUCCGGAAAACUCUGCACCAGUGAAAGCUGAAGAGAGUCAACCAGUGCACAAUUCAACUACAGAGAGCAGUGCUUAGUGUUUACGCGCUUAAGAUCACUCCAUUAUUUAUAAUGUUAACGACGUUUAGCGCGUGAGUUUGUAAACAGGCAUUUCAUGGAGAUAAUUUUUCAUCUAAUAAAAAAAAUUAAAUAAGAAAAUAAUGUUACGGUUUGACGCCAUUUCAAUAGGAGUUAUCUACCAAAAGAAAUUUGAUACUUUUUAUAUCCCCCUGUAUGAUGUUUGUAUACUUGAUAAUUUGUAAAAUGUAGAUAACAAUAAAGUUUCAACUCGUAUAUUGAAAGUGGUGACAAACUUUUU